CAGGUUUCCCAACGACCCUCACAAGCCUGGUUCCUCACCGCCCUGGAAGCAGAAGUUAGCGUGUGGACCAGGGGGAGGCGGCGAGUGCCAGCUGUGAGGAGGCGCCCGGCGGAUCCCGCGGGGGCACACCCGGUUUUUAUGCUUUUGAAAGAACAGCAGAAAAUGAACAAAUCUCAGGGGUCCGUGUCAUUCGAGGAUGUAGCUGUGGGCUUUACCCAGGAGGAGUGGCAACUUCUGGAUCCUGAUCAGAAGACCCUGUACAGGGAUGUGAUGCUGGAAAACUACCACAACCUUGUAGCAGUGGGGUAUUUUAUUAACAAACCAGAGGUGAUCUUCAAGUUGGAGCAAGGAGAGGAGUCGUGGAUAUUGAAGGAAGACUUUCCAUACCGGAACUACCCAGAAGACUGCAAAGCUUAUGACUUGAUAGAGAGAAUCCAGGAAAUCCAAGGCAAAUAUUUGCAGCAAGUUGCACUCAACAACAAAACACUGACUUCAGAGAAAGUUCAUGAUUUAGGAAAAUCAUUUACAACGGGCACAGACCUCAUCCCUUCAAGAAAAAUGCUCUAUAAAUAUGACUUCUAUGGAAUGAAUCUGAAAAAUAUGUCAAUAUUAAUUGGUAGUGAUAGAAACGCUUCAAGAAAGAAGCCUGGUGUGUUACAUGAAUGUGAGAAAUUGCCUAAUAUGAAGCAGAAAAUAGCUCAUACUCAAGAUAAUUCUUAUGAUAAUAAUCAAGAUGAAAAAGCCCUUGGUCAUAAUAAUGAUAUUAUUCAGCACCCAAAUAUUCAUCCAUUAGAACAAAAUUAUGAAUAUAAUAAAGAUGGAAAAGCCUUUCGGAAACAAGUCAUAAUUUCACACAGGCAAAUUCACACAGAAGAGAAACUCUGUAAGUAUAAUGGAUAUGGGAAAACUUUCUGUGAAAAGUCGUCUCUCUUGAGAUAUCAUGGAGUCUCCAUGGGAAUGAAAAAAUAUGAAAGAAGUCAAAUUGAGAAUAAUUUCAGCACAAUGUCACGCUUCACUCAACUUCCAAAAAAUCAAAGAGGAGAGAGUUUAUUUCAAUGUAAUGAAUGUGGGAAAACAUUCAACCACAAGUCAAACUUCAUAGUGCAUCAGAGAAUACACACAGGGGAGAAACCCUAUGAAUGUAAUGCAUGUGGGAAAUCCUUUUGUCACAGGUCAGCCCUAACUGUCCAUCAGAGAACGCAUACAGGGGAGAAACCCUUUGUGUGUAAUGAAUGUGGAAAGUCCUUCCAGCAGAAGUCAACCCACAUGGUGCAUCAGAGAGUUCAUACAGGAGAGAAACCCUAUGAAUGUAACUUAUGUAGGAAAACCUUUAGUCACAAAUCAGCCCUCAUAGCACAUCAGAGAACACAUACAGGAGAGAAACCCUACAAAUGUAGUAAAUGUGGGAAGUCCUUUUACUGGAAAUCAUCCCUCACUCAACAUGAGAGAACGCACACAGGGGAAAAACCCUAUGAAUGUAAUGAAUGUGGAAAAUCCUUCUGCCAAAAGUCAGUUCUCACUCAACAUCAGAGAACUCACACUGGGGAGAAGCCCUUUCAAUGUAAUGAAUGUGGGAAAACUUUCUGUCAGAAGUCAGCCAUUGAUAUACACCAGAGAAUUCACACAGGGGAAAAGCCCUUUCAGUGUAAUGAAUGCGGAAAAUCUUUCCAUAUGAAGUCAAUUCUUACUAAGCAUGUGAGAACUCACACAGGGGAAAAACCUUAUAAAUGUAAUGAAUGUGGGAAGAAUUUCUGUCAGAAAUCUAUCCUCACUAAUCAUCUGAGAAUUCACACAGGAGAGAAACCCUAUAAAUGUAAUGAAUGUGGGAAAACUUUCUGCCAGAAAUCAACCCUUACUAAUCAUCAAGGAACUCACACACCCUAUGGGCAGAAACCCUAUGUGGCAGAAAAUGUUUUUCCUAAUGCCCCUUUCCUGUUUCGUGUGGGUACACAGCCAGUCAAGAUUUGGCAGCCUUCCUUGCCUCCACAUGGGGCCACAUGACCCAACUCUGGCUCACAGAGUGUGAACACAAGUCAUACACAUCAUUUCCAAGUAUGUAAAAUACCUCAUUUGGCAUCUUCCCGACUUCCCACUUUUCCUUCUCUA